GUACAAACAAAAAUGGCCAAAAUUUCUAAGGACUAUAUUUUAGAUAUUCAUGAAAAAUUAUUAUUUGUAGAAAACUCAAUUAGAGACAAGGAUAUAUUACUUUCUGAUAUUUGUAAGAUUAGUGAUUACUUUAAUAAUAUUGAAAGCAGGAUUUAUUUAAUUCAAUUCCAUUCUAUUGAAGCUGCUGAGAAUGCACUUAAAAAGAAGCCAAGUCAAAAAAAUGCUUAUAAAGUCUUUAACGACAAAUGA